GCUCGGCCAUUUCCGUAGGACCUCGGUUUUCCCCGCCUGGUUUCCAGACGGGCUUUAUGUCUGCCCCGUCGGCGGGGCGGGGAGGGAGAGGUGGUGCGCCUGCGCGGUCGCCAUCUUGCCCAGCUUGCCAGUGACAGAGACUGUGAGUGGGAAAAUAAUAGAGAAGGGGAGCCGCGACCCGCAGCCUGUCCUUAGCAACCCCGGCCCCUGCCCGGAGAACGGGCGGCACCCCUCCUUCCCUCCCUCUCACAACCAAUACCCAUCACAUCCACAUAUUAGUUCUGAAUGAUGCAGUGAAACGGCCAGCACCACCCCCCUAGCUCCUUCCUUCCCUCCCUCCCGGCAGCCGGACUCGGGCCUGCGAUGCUGCAGCCGCCGCCGAACCAGCGCUGGGCUUGAGCUAACGAGAGGGUGGAGGGGUGAGGGUAUCCCGCCUGCGCUCCGGAGGCUUGGGCCCCGUUGCCUGUGACUGAAAAGCCAGCGGCCGUAUUCCUCUCCCCCCCCCCCCCGUAACCCGGGACUACCACCACCUUCCCACCCAUCCAUCCACCCCGCCUCUCCUCCCCCAGCGGCCCGUUUAAAUGAGCCGGCGGCAGGCGAGGUGGAGGAGGCGUCUCCUUUGAGUUGCGAGGGAGGGGAGGAGGGUUUAGCAGACGCCGGCCGGCCGCCCGGGAGGUGGGUCAGACUCGGCUCAAAGCCGCGGGCCCCCCGCUCGGAGCGGGCUGGUUUGCCGCAGUCGGCUGGGCUGGGGGGUGGGGGGUGGUGGUAGUGUGCAAGAGUCAGGGGGAGGGAGGGAGGGAGGGGGUUUCUCUUUAAUUUUAAAUGCGAUGAUGCAGCAGUCGGAAAGCGCGGCGGACAGGAAGAUGGCGCAGCCGCUCUACCCUCGGCGGAGCAGCAGCGCGGCCAGCGCCGCCGCCUCCUCGGCCACGCUCGGCGGCCUGAUGGGUGCCGCGGCCGGACGCCCGCACCCGGACGAGAUACCGCCGGGCAGCAUGCGCUCGGCCGCCGUCGUGCCGGGCCCCAGUCCCAGCGGCGGGCCCAUCCCCCCCAACCCCGGGUCGGUGCCACCUCCGGCUGCGCCGCAUCCGCCGCAGAGCCUUAGCCUCCAUCCCUCUGCUACACCGCCGGGGCCGGUGUCCGUGGCCGGGGCCCAGAUAAAGAAGAAAAGUGGCUUUCAGAUUACCAGCGUGACCCCGGCGCAGAAUAACGCCGGCUCCAACAACAGCAUCGCUGAGGACACCGAGAGCUACGACGACAUGGACGAGUCUCACACUGAGGACCUGUCGUCCUCUGAGAUCCUGGACAUCUCCAGGGCCACCGACUACGAGCCGGAGCGCAGCUCCUCGGAGGAAACUUUAAACAACGUCGGGGAUGCCGAGACCCCCAGCGCCUUGUCUCCGAAUCAGCCUCGCCUGCCUCAGCACCAGACAACUUUGUUUAAUGGGAGCAUCCACGGUCUCCAUCCACACCACCUGCAUCACCCUCAUCCUCUUCACCAUCAUCAUCACCACCACCAUCUUCACCCAGCGAUGGUACCAGGGUCUGGGAUGGUCGGUGCCGCUGCUGCGACCCCUCCUACGGCGGGAGGAAUAACGCCUUUUGCAAAUGUUGCUUCCAGUACAGAAAAAAAUAGCAUCAGUGCACCCAUGCCUGGAUUAGUGAGCAGCUCGGUUGGCCCUUCUGCACCGCUGACAUCCAACAUCACCCCAGCUAAUGGAAACGCCAGGAGUGUAAGUGGAGUGAGCAAUGUUAGUAGUAAUGUAAGCAUCAACGUUGGUGGGACCAGUGGUGGCGUCAAUGCUAAUUCUGUUGGGGGUACUACCAGUGUUAUUGGGGCUUCUAGCACUGCAGCUUCUACAAGUGCAGCAGGAGGCCAAAUGCCUGCAGGAAGCCAGCAGCCUGCAAUUGGCAGUUCUAGAUUUAGAGUUGUGAAACUGGAUUCUAGCACUGAACCAUUCAAGAAGGGUCGAUGGGUUUGUACCGAGUUUUACGACAAGGAUAAUGCUACGGUUCUGGUUGAAAGCAUGUCUAUGAACAGGACAGUGGAGAGUGUAAAACAAGCAGCCGCUGAUGCAAAUCUGGAACGGGAAAGCACAAGUGGAGGGAGUUCGGUGAGCAGUACUUUGAGUGCAGUAGGUUAUUAUGUAGACAAUGCUGGCAAUGGAGAACCAGGUUUGGCAUCUGGACCUCAGCAACAGGCCUUUCAAGCAUUGUGCAACCAGCAGCUAGAUCUCAGCAGCAGUGGUCCUUUGCCACAAAGUGUUUCUCAGCCACAGCUUACACAAAUUCAGUUGCAUUCACAAGAUGUUAUGCAUUCGCAGCAGAAGCCAAGUGCUCCUCUUUCUGGUAGAACAAAUGUCAGUAAUGUAACUGGUGUUCAACAAGCCCCAAUUCCACAGCAGUUACCAUAUCCUCAGCAGCAGCCUUCACAGACCUUGUCAGCUGUAGGCCAGCCACAGCAACUGUCAUAUCCUCAGCAACAGCCAGCUUCACAGAUAACAACUCAGCAUGUUAUGUCGUCAAAUGCAAGUGCUGUCAUUACAGAAUAUUUGCAGCACUCUCAAGUGCAGCCUCCUGCACAAGCUAUGCAGCAGAGCAGUAGUGGAGUUGGAUCCACAGCACCAUCAGGCCAAGCACAAUCUGUAUUAGCACAAGUGCAAUCUGGACUAGCACCAAGUCAACCUGUGGGACAUGCUUCAGCAAUGAUGCCACCUGCUGGUUCUGCCAAUGGGCAACUGGUUACAGGUCAACAAGGGAGUACAAUCUCAUUGUUACAGCAGUCUUGUUCUCCACCUAUAAACCAGUCAGCGCCGAUUGGCUUACAAGCGAGUGCUCCUCCACCUUCCUCAGCACAGCAAGUUGGACAACCUCUGCAAGGUGGAAUGGUACAGCAGCCGGGCAGUGCGCCAGGGCUUGUGCAGCAAGUACCUACAGCACCACAGAAACAACAGUUGUUAACACAACCUCAAAGUCAAGGAGUUGAGAAUAUUAUUCAAAGUGUGAACAACCAACAGAUAACUGGAAUAAGUUCUACACCAUCUACUGUUACUGCCAACCAGCCCAACGUUGGGUCUAAUGUAUCCACCAGUAUACCUACUGCACCUGUAAGUGCUGUUCCACAACAAACCACCACUCAGACCUCUGCUGUGCAGAAUGGUAGCCAGCCAUCCAUUCCAACAAAUGUAAGCCUCCCUGUGGUACAAGGAGGACUGCAGAAAUUGGUGCCAGUCUCUGCCCAGUACCCAGCUACAGGUCAGUCAUUGUCGAAAGCAGUGGAAGAUUCUGGCCCACCUGCAGACCAGUCAGUGCUGAAUGUACAUCAGGUAGCUAUUGGAGAAACAGUGUUGAGUGCAGCCAAUGCUCUGGUCCAGGAAAUUGCCAGCAGUGCCAACCUACCGGCUUCUGCGUCGCUGCUUCCUUUAAAGACCUUGCCACUGUCCAUGCAACCCGUGGAUGGUGAAGAUGACAGUUCUUCUGGUGCCAGUGUGGUAGCCAUAGACAACAAGAUCGAGCAAGCCAUGGAUCUGGUGAAGAGUCACUUGAUGUAUGCAGUGAGGGAGGAAGUGGAGGUCCUUAAGGAACAGAUCAAAGAACUGGUGGAGAGAAACUCUCAGUUGGAACAGGAGAACAACCUGCUGAAGACUCUGGCUAGUCCUGAGCAGUUAGCUCAGUUUCAGGCACAGCUCCAGACAACUGGCUGUUCUCCGCCGGUGUCUCAAUCAGGACAAACCACUCAACCCACACCACCCAACGGAGGAUCAUCAGCUUAAAGUCCAGGCUGUACAAACCACUGGGGCCAUCGGGCUUUGCAGAGAAGAGAAAUAAAUCUGUCAUAUCAAUCAUCAUGUAAUAUUUCAUCGCACACCGACAAUUCCUAAUUGGUUACAGGAACUAGAGUUGUAUAAAGUCAGAAAGAAACUCUCUUCAGUGUUAAGACAGUUGUCUUUGGCUAAAGGAGUUUGCUUUGGGGGUGUGAAAUGAAACCUUGUUCUCAAAGAGAGUGGUUGUAUGCACAAAAGAGGAGAAGCUGUCAUGCAGCCCUGAGUGCGGGUUACCAAUCAUUGCUCAUGCUAUGAGAAUGCGUGCAGUUUUAUUUCAUUCAGCACGCCUAUAUCCGUGUGUGCAUGCGCAUGUAUGUGUGCGCACUAAUAUAACCGCUUCCUGACAAUGUUGAGGAAGAUGUGGAUCAGAGGCAAUCAGAUACUCUGGAGUCGAGGGGGCCGUGCCCUCCUUUACAGCGCUAUAGGCCACUUUGAAUUAUAAAUGAGCUAUGAAGACAAAACGGGAGUAUGAAGGCAAAGCUGAGCAGUAUUUAACUUGAACUUAUAGAACUGUCACCUUGGACCUUAAAUUGACAAGUUUGCUUUGUUUACACUUCUUCUCCAGGACGUGGAGAGGGGUAGAUUUUUCAAUUUAGAUGUGACUCUAAAGAUCUGUGGCAAUCCAAAAGGUUGUUCAUCUAAUGUAUAUUGUGUAUGUAGUGUAAGUAUUGUGUAAUAUAGAGCUGUAACUAUUAGGUUGUACAGAUUGAAAUCUUGCUGUUUCACUGAUCCAAUUGCAUUUGGACAUUUUUUAUGCUGUUGAACAGAAAUAGCAUUCAUGAACAAUUAUGCUGUUUGAAGAUACUGCAGGCCUGGGAGAAUUUUUUUUGUAAGUUAAUGGUACGUGACAGGUAAUAAUAGAAAGUAAGUGGUCCACUGGUCCCAUUUCUAUCAAGGUAAAGCAGCGGCAAAUGCUACACUUUAGAUGCAUUGACAGAAGUGGUCUCUCAGUCAGAAAUAGCACUGAGAGGUGAGAGUCUCUGGGUUUCAGUGGAAUUGAUUCUUUGUGAUGCUGUUGGUUCAGUAGUCCUUUGGUCUGUCAAAACCUAUACUGUAAUGGUUAGAUUCCUGUAGGUUCCAGGAGCAAUAGAUUCAUCUGGCCUGGGUAUAUUUGUUGCUUCUAGCUGGUGGUUGAAUACCUUCUGAGAAAAUUGUAUUCAACAGUAGUACAAUAUUUAGAACACCCACAAGAGUGUGUUUCAUAAUUAAGCACUCCAGACCUGAAAAAUUCUGUUAGCAGCUCUGAUUUCUGCUAUGGGUUUCACAUUAACAGUGUUGCUUAUGUUCUGGUGCAUGUUCUGAAACAGUUAUAACACAUUCAAUUAUACUCGACUGCUGCACAACUUCUCAACUUUCAAUAAACUCAUGUUGGUAAAUAAUC